AUGGGCACUCACCGUCACAGCUGGAGUCCAGAGAACUUCCAGCACGCCGUGGGGCAGCCAGAGAGCAAAAUGGAGCAUACGUCCGCGCUUGAGAGUUGGGGCAAGUUGGCGGCAAAGAGUCUCCACGCGCCGGCAUCCGAAGCCGACAGCUCUCCGCGCCAGAGGUGCCGUACCAGCCAGCUGGCCACUGUCCGACGCAACGGAGUCAGCGGGAGAAUAAACAGAAGACUUCCUGCAGAGGAGAGAGGCAGGAGGCUGAUCCAGGCGGCUGUGCAGGGGUUAGUGGGGGAGCUGAGGGCGCUGCUUGCCGCAGGGACCGACGUGGAGGCUAGAGGCGGGUGGGGCUGGACUGCCCUGCACUGGGCGGCAGUUAGGGGUGACGUCGAGGUGGCGAGGCUGCUGGUGGAGGCGGGGGCGGAUGUGAACGCUAGGGAGAGCAGCAGGGAGCAGAUGAUGCCUCUGCACCUGGCUGCAGAGCGGGGCGGCGCCGCUGUGGCGCGGCUGCUCUUGCAGGCGAACGCCGACCCCAAUGUAAGGGAUAGCGAUGGGUGGACGCCGCUGCACUGGGCGGCAUACAGUGGCCAAGCGGAAGUGGCGGCCGCGCUGCUCGAGGCAGGGGCCGACACGGGGGCCGCAGCUGGUAAUGGGCAGACAGUGUUGGACAUCGCCAGGCAGAACGACGACAGGCGGCUGAUGGAGAUGCUGUCAUGA